GUUGGAUGGAAGGCGGGAGUUCAGUCGUCUACCGAUUAGCUUCCCAUCUCGCCCUCUGGCGGCUCCGGACGGCAGGCCGACUUAGUGUGAUUACCACCAAGCUCCCAGACCGGCACUGGGGGCCCCAGCGGAUAAUCGCGCGCCACGCCGCGGCGGGGGGUGGGUCCAAAUGGGAGAGGAGGGGACCGGCGGCUCCGUGCAUCUGCUGUGCCUCGCGGCCUCCAGCGGGGUCCCCCUGUUCUGCAGGAGCAGCCGCGGCGGCGCCCCCUCCCGUCAGCAGCUCCCGUUCUCUGUCAUUGGCUCCCUCAAUGGAGUCCAUAUGUUCGGGCAGAAUUUGGAGGUACAGCUGAGCUCUGCAAGGACCAAGGACACAACCGUGGUGUGGAAAAGCUUCCAUGACAGCAUCACCCUCAUUGUUCUGUCAUCUGAGGAAGGCACCUCGGAGCUGAAGCUUGAGAGACUACUCCAGAUGGUAUUCGGGGCCAUGGUUCUUUUUGUGGGACUUGAAGAACUGACCAACAUCCGCAAUGUAGAGAGGCUGAAGAAGGAGUUGAGGGCCAGUUAUCACCUCAUUGACAGCUUCUUGGGGGACCCAGAACUCAUCGGAGACCUGACCCAGUGUGUAGACUGCGUGAUUCCUCCAGAGGGGCCUCUCCUGCAGGAAGCUCUCUCUGGGUUCGCUGAAGCCAUGGGAACAGGCUUUGUCAGUCUGAUAGUGUCAGGCCGGGUGGUGUCAGCGACAGAGGGAUGGUGGCGGCUGGGGACACCGGAGGCCGUGCUGCUCCCCUGGUUGGUGGGAUCCCUGCCACCACAGGCCGCUCGGGACUACCCGGUGUACCUGCCCCACGGGAGUCCCACGGUCCCGCAUAGGCUCCUGACCCUGACGUUGCUACCGGGUUUGGAGCUGUGUCUGCUCUGCGGUCCGCGCCCGCCCCUCAGCCAGUUGGAUCCUCAGCUUCUGGAGCGCUGGUGGCAGCCAGUGUUGGACCCGCUGCGGGCCUGCCUGCCGCUGGGCCCCCGAGGGCUGCCCGACGGCUUCCCCCUGCACAAGGACAUCCUCGGACUGCUGCUCCUCCACCUGGAACUGAAACGUUGCCUCUUUACCGUGGAGCCUUUGGGGGAUAAAGGACCUUCUCCAGAACAGCGCAGGCGCCUCCUCCGCCAUUUCUACGCCUUAGUCACGAGCACACAUUUCCCACCAGAGCCACUGGAAAAGGUGGAGGAUGAUGUCAGCCGGGCCCAGCUGCCUCGAGCCUGCUACCUUGUGUUGGGGCCCGAGGAGCCAGGCACAGGGUUGCGACUGAUAGCUCUGCAGCUGGGGCUGCGGCUGCUGCUGCUCCUGCUGGCUCCUCAGAGCCCCACCCAUGGGCUUCGAAGCCUGGCCACCCACACACUGCACACCCUCAGCCCGCUCCUUUGAACCACCCAGGACAGACAGCCAGCAA